AUGUCGGCUUGUUUGAAAGGUGUUGUUUCUAAUAGUUCCGAUGAAUUGAUCGUCACCGAUGUAAAGUCAAAUGCAACUGCAUCGGCGCCGGUGGCAUCUUCGGUAUUCGCUCAGAAUACAACAACCGUAACGUCCAAAGGCAACAAAUACGUUUGCAAUAUUUGCCAGCAAACGCUCAAGUAUAAGGGAGAUUUGAAGCGUCACGAACGUGCUCAUACCGGUGAAAAACCGUUCAAGUGCUCGCAAUGCCAGACGAAAUUCACCAGGAAGCAUCACCUGACAACGCACAUGCGUCGGCAUACUGGGGAAAGGCCCUACAAAUGCGAGCAUUGCCCCCAAGAUUUCAACCAGGUGGCCAAUUUGCGGAAGCACACCAGAAGGCAUACAGGAGAACGUCCCUAUAGUUGCGACCAAUGCCCAUCGAAAUUUGCAGACCUCAGGCAACUUAAGGUCCAUAUUAUGCGCAUUCAUAGCGCACAAAAGCCAUUCGCUUCCAAUAUCUUCUCGAUGCCGAUGCAAACCGAACCCGAAGAUCUCUCGAUCAAUAAAAAUCUAUCGAUCGGCAAAUAA